ACCUGCACUUAACAAAUUAAUAAUAAAUUAUCUUUGUGAUGGUGUUUAUUUAAUGGAUUUUAACACUUGAAUUCUGGUGUUUUAGUCAUAUUUCUUUUACAUAAAUUACAUAAACUAAUGAAAAUGUUAUUAUUUUCUUUCAAAUCAAUUUUAUUUUUUAUUCUAAUGCUAUGUAUGACCUUCAUAGCAUUUUCUCUCAGCCUCAUGACAAAAUGUGAACCAAAGUACGAGAUGCUUAUAUAGGAGAAAAUCCAAUUUCUCUUGGGAGUUCUUACAUUUCUUAAAGGCCUUAUACUUUGCUUGAAUAGAUUCCAGAAUCGUAUGAUUAAACCAAUUUGACCCUCUUGCUUCCUAAGCAUUUCCACACAGUAUGUUUUGAGUGCUGUGAUUCGAACAGUUUUGUGGCACUUAAAUAGUGCAUAUCUAUAAAAACUCCUUUGGCAAAAUGUUAAAAAAAAUAUUACUAUUACUCUAUGGAGUGAACAAGCUGCACAUGCUUUCCUACGACAGUGAAGUUCACAUGCUGCAUUAUGAACUUUCCCUGACCGUUCAUUCAUGAACCCACAAAUAUGUCACUAAGAUGUUUCACAUUUUCAGUAAGAUGUUCAAGACACAAUGGCCAUGUUGACUAUGGAGUGAACCAUAGUGUGGGAAAUAUUUUACACAAACAAACUUAUUAUACAAUAUUUCUUUACAUUUUUGGACAAUAGUCUAACUGUUUUUCAGUGUGUGUGUAUAACCAAAAAGGAUCAGUCAUUAGUCGUAACAUAUAUUAAAAAAAAACAAUUUGGUCUCAGACUUCACAAUCGACAUGACAUACUAUAAUCCCAAUACAGCCGCAGACUCACCUAGGUGGUAUUUACCUGUAAUACUGUAGUCGGGUACACCAAUCCCAGACAACCUAAGAGCUGCAUGACACCAUUCCCAUCCAACCACAAUGGAGACGGGUAGCUAAGCAUGGGUCCUGUGAACAUGUGUAUACUUGUAGGGCUGUCACAGCAUGAGAAAGAAAAUAGGCAGUUUAAGUUUUAGCAGUAGCACAAGUCUGUUCACAAUCUCUUUAGGAAGCAAUACAUAUGCAUUUACCCUGCUUUAAGGAGUACAUUUGUUAAAACCACAACAAUUGUGAUAGUGAAAAUAGUUACAUGUAUUCAGAAGCAAUCUACAAUCAUAUUAUGUUGAUUUACGUUCGUUCUUAGAUUCCCCCAUAUGGAUUUAAUUCUUUACUUAGCUCACGGGCCUCCGUGAUUACAACCUGGUUGCUUAAUCUGUUUGUGACCUUUCAUGGUCCUACUGCGGUCACUAGUGGUCACUUAGUAAUGUUUGGAACAAUGGUCAAUGGUCUUAUUUUGGGGACCAGGUAUUGGAGUCAUUGAAGACUAAAACCACACAAUGCCUUUGGCUUUAUCUUAAUUGGGUAACUCCUGUUAUUAUGGGCAUCAGGUGACCAACAUGAAGAUUUCUAAUUUCUGGGCUCUGUUCUAAGUGGUUGCUAGAGAAGAUCUAACAUCAAUAAAAGGCUAUGUUCAAAUGUCAGAGGGCAACUGAGAAUACUGCUUGGAGGACAGCACCUGAAGCAAAACAAUUUUCACCACUUCAAGAUUGCAAAAUGAAGCUUCUUAUUUUUUUAGCCUUCAUGGUCACCAUCUUCAAUGUCAAUGCUGGCAAGAAACUGAGACUGCUGGCAGGUCUAAAUGGUGGAGUUGUGUCUGGGGUUAACCCUGGACUGGUGGUGGGGGGCCUGAACCCUGGCGUCCUCCCUGGUGGCACUGGGUUGAUUGGGCAGCCUCAGUUUGCCCAGAUGGUCCCAGGUGUCCCCACGUAUGUCAUGCAACCCCAAGCUGUUCCCAAUGGUCCCUAUGGUUUCCCCAAUGUUGGGAUGCUGCAGCCUCAACUGUUCCCUAACUUCCCUGGGCAGUACCAGUAUCCUGCCCCACCAGCUAAUGGGCUGCCUUACUACAUGGGUGUCCCUCAAAUGGCAGGAAUGAAUCCUCCACAACAGCAAGUCAUGGGAGUCCAAGGUGCAGGUGGGAUUCCCAUGAUGCAACAGCAGCAACCACAGCAGGGUCCUUCACAAGCAGAGCUCGUGAGAAGAUUCAAGCGCUUUCUGAUGAGGAGGAAAUGAAACACCAUGAAACCUGAGUUGGACAUUCAGAUUUCAACUGAGACAACCACAACUCCGUCCCCAACUACUUGUUAAGACAAUAUUCAAGUUUAGAGUCGACAAAUUUGAGAGGAACAAGGUGUCUGCUGUAGAACAUGGACACGGGGGAAUUUUACCAAGUCGUCCACAGCACUUUAAGUUAAUCAUAUCAGAUACGCUAGCGGUUAAGAGCUUUGGGCCAUUAACCAAAAGGUUGCUGGUUCGAAUCCCUGAGCCAACUAAGUGAAAAAUUGAUGUGCCCUUGAGCAAGGCAUUUAACCCUAAUUGCUCCUGUUAAUUGCUCUGGAUAAGAGCGUUUGCUAAAUUACUAAAAUGUAACGUCUUCUAACAUGUCUUCUAACAUUGCAUACAUGCAGAUCUUAUUUGCCAUGUCUAUGUUUCUUCUUGAAAUUUCAAUAAACAUGACUAUUAGCCUUCAAAAAACUUGUUUGUUUGGUUU